AUGCGCUCGUUGACGCGGCACUACAACAUACCCAAGACAAGUAUCUUUCGCCACAUGAAGGCGGUUGCGAGGCUCACGGCGCGGUCAAGUUACGUGAAGCCGUACCUCACUGAGGCCAACGUCCAAGCAAGGCUCAAGUUCGCCAUGUCGCACCUCGAGCCGUCGUCAAGUGAGAACCACCUCUUCAACGACAUGCACAACUACGUGCAUAUUGAUGAGAAGUGGUUCUACUUGACAAAGGUCAAGAAGCGUUUUCUACGUGUUACGUUCCUUGCUGCUGUUGCCCGCCCGCGGUACGACUACUCCAAGUGCCAAAUGUUUGACGGCAAGAUCAGCGUGUGGCCCUUCAUGUCGUAUUCGCGCGAUCGUUUCGGACACGUUGCGAGCUUUGUCGUGGCGAAGUUCGGCGUGCAGGCGGAGUAUAUCAAGACGUUCUUCUUUAGUUAG